AUGGGUUUGACUAAAAGCACAGGCGCCCACAUACAGCCCGCUCUCUCCGACUCACUUUCCACCGAGCGCUGCAAAAUGGCGGCCGCUUCAUCCAUCCAGCCGCCGAGCGUGCACGCGAUAAAGCCGGAAAAUUCACCUCACCCGGAGUCCGACAGCCCCGCGAGCCGACAGGAGGAGGACGCAGCAUCCGAUGGGACCACCAUCCUCAGAGAUCUAACCGAACUAGAUCCCGAUGAGAUCGAGAGACGGUUGGAGAAAACUCGCAGAGAGCUGAGCAACAGGAGGAAGAUUCUUAUUAAGAACCUGCCACAGGAUAUCACUAACCAGGAGGUCCAUGACAUUCUGCGUGAGUACGAGCUCAAAUACUGUUUUGUGGACCGGAACAAAGGAACAGCCUUCGUAACUCUUCUAAAUGGUGACCAGGCACAGGAUGCCAUCCGAACUCUGCACCAGACGUCAAUCCGCAGCCGUGACAUCACCGUUCAUCUGCAGCCCACAGACUCACUCCUGUGUGUCACCAACCUGCCCUACACAGUCACUGCCGCCCAGUUUCAGGAGCUGGUGCGUUCCUAUGGCAACAUUGAGCGCUGUUUCCUGGUUUACAGUGACCUUACAGGUCACUCUAAAGGUUAUGGAUUUGUGGAGUACAUGAAGAAGGACUCGGCCUCCAGGGCACGCUCAGAACUCUUGAGGAAACCGCUGGGUGACCGAGCGCUCAUGGUGCAAUGGGCUGAUGUCAACCAGCUGACCUCUGCUGACCAUCUCCACUCAAAGUGCCUGUGUGUGGAUCGCCUGCCGCUAGACUUUGAAGACUCAGAGGAACUGGCUCACAUUUUUUCAGAGCGCUACAAACCAGUCUUCUGUCAGCUGGCACAGGAUGAGGGCAGUCCAGUGCGGGGUUUUGCUGUGGUGGAGUAUGAGACGGCGGAACAAGCUGAAGCUGUUCUGCUGGAGAUGGACAGACAGCUGAUCCAGGGUCAGGAGAUACGCCUCAGUCUCUGUCCUCCAGGAACGUCUGGGCGCAGCACCCUUGCUGCCCUUAUCGCGGCUCAGGGCGUGAUGUUGAGCCAUAAGAAAGGUUUGCUACCUGAACCCAAUCUGGCCCAGCUUCUCAACAGCAUGACCAAUCCAGCUGCUCUCCAUGUCCUUACGAGACCCUACCCGACCGGCAAACGAGGAGGAAAGUUUGGUCAACCUCACAAUCUCCCCUUCCUGCGUCCACCGCUGACUACAGCACUACUACAGUUGGGAAAAGCACAGCAGAAUACCAUUCUGGGAAAUGGGUUUGUUCUCCAGAAUCUUCUCCACAUGCAGAUGGCCCAACAGCAGCUCUUACAUAUCAAAGACAAGCAUGUCCAGGGUCUUUUAGGUGACCCCUCUCGGCUGCUCCUCCAGAAGCUUCUGGGUCUUCGAGCUCCAGCAUCGGUUCCUCUGGGGAAAGGCUUGCUGGGAGAUUCCCCAACAGAUUUGGGCCAGGAUUCUUCUCCGGUCAAGUCCCAGGGAGGAAACUCUGGGCCUGGAAUAGUGUCACAUUUAACUGGACGUUCACACUUAAGCUCUACAGCCGAGCAUAAUGGAGUAAUGGCAACAUUCACGGCUCUGGAGAAACAGCCCACACCUCCAGGGACCACAGGGGGAUCCAUAAGCGCUCAAGCCCAGCUGCAAAACUUCCACCUUGGGAUCAACACACAAAGUCUGGGUUCAUUGCUGGGGAGCGCAACGCACAAAGCUCCAGCCAUCCACCACAACACUAGUCCACAGACUGUAACAACUCAGUCCAGUUGUCAGACUUCUUUGCUAGGAGACCCUCCUAAAGAAGUAAAAUUGCCUUCCAACCCAUAUCUAAACCUGGCUAGUGUUCUUCCCGGAGUGGUGCUACAAGCACCCUGCAACAGUAAGCCUCAGACUGUGCAGGCCAACAGUGGGACGUACAGUGCAGUCCUUCCUUCUGCCACUCACCCACCCAGUCAAUAUAGUACAGAGACCACACCUGCAGAAUACACUCACCAAUACACUCAGCAAUACACACAGGAGGCCAUGCAGCAGUGGUACCAACACUACCAAGCACAGACCUACGCCAAUACUAGCCAAGAGACAGCUGCAGUUACUGAGUGCACAAAGGAGCAACCUCAGGUGGUGGUAACCUCCUCAUACGGAGACUACAAUUCUUACAUGCAUGCUGUCAGUCAGUACUAUUCUCAGACGCAGAUGAGCCAGGCAGCUGCUCAAGUCUACCAGCACCAAGAUAUCAGCAAGGAGGUGGAGGUGUUGAAGACACCCUUGAGUGCUCCUCUGAAUGGCAGUGCCCAGCCCCUGCUGUCCGCCUACAGUGCCCUACCCAUCAUGCCAGGCUUCAUCUCACCAACACACACACCCAGCCCUGCCACACAUACACAAGCCACACCCACAGACUGGAACCAGUACUAUUAUAGUCAAGCUCGAGGGCAAAAGCGAGAAUACCCCACACUGCCUACACAGGAAGUGACAUCAGAGGGGCAGUAUGUAGGCCAGCACUCGCAGGGUCUUGGGGGCCAGUAUGCCGACUACUACAAAAAGAAGAGGAUCUAGUGCGCGCACACACACACACAUACACACACACAUGCUUGCACACACUCCUCUUUGUACUAAGUUGCUGUCGUCUUGGCCAGGCCUUAACUCUUAGUCUUGUAUAACCGUUAUGUCUGAAGAGAUUGUACAUUUUAUUGUGUGUUAGCAGGUUUUUGCCUCCUAUUUGAACUUUAUAUGUGGCCAGGGUACCAGGCUGGACCUUUAAAGAUGGCAGACUCUGAUACAUUAUGGUAAUUGAUAUCUCGCUUUUUGUGUUUUGCCUGUUCACUUCUCUCGCAGGCGGGGUG